CUAGAACCACAUGGACCACUUCAGUCAAACAUGCAUAAUAUAAUAUUAUUACCUACUUUUGCGUGAUUCUAGUUUUCAAAAUCCUCAAAGUAUUUUACUUCUGUGUCGCACCUUAUCGUAUCGAAAACGAGAGAGAGAGAGAAGCAAUGGAGAGGGUUAUAGGGGUUGCGUACGGAGGCGUCGUGAAGGCGAUGUUGGCGUUAUUGGAGAGAAACAUGAUUCCGGACGCGGUGGUUCGGCGGCUGACGCGGUGGCUCCUCGCGGCGAGGCUCCGCUCCAGCUACAAAUCCACGGCGGAGCUCCAACUCUCCGACCUCCUCUCUUUCAUCAAGUCGUUACAAGAGAUGCCCAUAGCGAUCAAGACUGAGGAACCAAAGGCUCAGCACUACGAAUUGCCAACCGCUUUCUUCAAGCUGGUUCUUGGAAGAAACAUGAAAUAUAGUUCUUGUUACUUCUCCACGAAUUCAACAAGCUUAGAUGAGGCGGAGGAAGCAAUGUUGGCGCUGUAUUGCGAGAGAGCGGAUGUGAAGAAUGGUCAGACUAUUCUUGAUGUUGGGUGUGGCUGGGGGUCAUUGUCUCUGUACAUUGCCCAAAAGUAUAGCAGUUGCAAGAUAACCGGCAUAUGCAACUCAAGAACGCAAAAAGAGUUCAUCGAUGAGCAAAGCCGGAAACUUGUGUUGCGAAAUUUGGAGAUUAUUGUCGCUGAUAUUAGCUCGUUUGAGCAUGAAGGAACGUACGAUAGAGUGUUCUCCAUCGAAAUGUUUGAGCAUAUGAAAAACUAUGGAGCUCUUCUGAAGAAGAUAUCUGGGUGGAUGAAGGAGGACGGUCUCCUGUUUGUUCACUAUUUCUGCCACAAGACAUUUGCUUACCACUUUGAGGAUGUCAAUGACGAUGAUUGGAUAACAAGGUACUUCUUCAGCGGAGGAACAAUGCCGUCGGCUAAUCUCCUUCUUUAUUUCCAGGAAAACGUUUCGAUUGUUGAUCAUUGGCUUGUGAACGGGAAGCACUACUCGCAAACAAGUGAAGAGUGGUUGAAAAGGAUGGACAAAAACUUGGAAUCGAUCAGUGAGAUUAUGAAAAUGACUUAUGGAAAAGAGGAAGCGGUGAAAUGGAGAGUUUAUUGGAGAACUUUCUUCAUCUCUGUUGCAGAGCUCUUCGCUUGCAACAAUGGCGACGAGUGGAUGGUUUCACAUUUUCUGUUCAAGAAAAAAUGAUCUUUUGUCUUAAACUAAUAAGACAAAUCUUUGAUACGAGGGGUUCAUUGUAAUAAUAAGAUGAACACUAUCUAUCCAUUGAAACUUCUUCACGUAGAGUUUUAGUUAAUAUUAUCGGUUCUUUUUUUCCACACA